CUCCACAUAUUUUUCUUUCCUAAACAUUUCCUACCAAGAAACCACUGUACCUAGCACCAGACUCUCGGAUUUAUAUUGCUCUUCUCCGCCUUCUCUACCCUUCCCUUUUACGCCGUAAACUUAUCGGUAAAGAAGACAUAUCCAAACAUGAAGCUCCUUUACACCUUCGCUGCCACCCUCCUCACGCUCGCUGCCACCACCACGGCUGCUCCACAGCUGCCACUACCACUCGACUCCGUCACCGGCGUCGUUGGCAACCUUCCCGUUGUAGGCAGCGUGGUUGGCGGUGCACUCCCUGUCAAGGGCCGACAAGCUCCGGAUGAAGAGCCUGAGGACGAGGACAGCGAGUGAACUCUUAUCAAGAACCCUGAGACCCCAUGUCCAUGACUAGUUCCGUUUGGCCAUGGAGAGCGAUUUGAAAAUGGAUAAGACGGGCGUGUCGAUCUCAGGAUAGUUGGCCCUAGUUCACAAAUUUGUCAUGUUCACUGGUUGUGUGUCCUAUUUCGAACCUAAGGGAUGAUUGCCGUCGGGGGGAGGCGGGGGGGGAGGGGGGUUUUGAGAAGAGCCUUUUUCAUGGUGGGGCUACCGAUCAUUCCUUGAAGUCUUCCUUUGUGUGAAAAAAUGGAGGUCGUAUAUCUCGUUUUAAUUUCGGAUUGAUGUGAUCCUGUCAAUGCUACAGACCUUUUACUAGCAAUAUAUUAUUAGUGAGAUUCAAGCCAUUUCUCACUGAAAAAUAACAUCGGCUAGCAGGAAAUAGCCAGGGUAAUAUAUACUCACUCACUCAAAUACAUGUAUGUACAUACAUUCACUCACCAUGUAUAAGAGUUCGGAAAUGAUCGUGGCCUAAGCAUUGGGCUGAUAGACUCUCUCCUCAUCCAUAUCUAUCUAGUCGAUAAAGUGUUAUGGGGAAUGAGUUCAUUUGUCGGGCUCAGUCGGACCAAGUAGACCUAGAUAAUUCCAGAUCUGUUUCACCUCGGC